GUCGCAGUCUGCCUGACGCCGGAGCUUUGACUGUGUUGCGGUUGCUGGAAGUGCUGCCGAUGGAGCGUGAAGGAGAGGGAGGCUAUUUGGUUGGCGUUCAGAUAAAGAAGAAAGAUAUCUGAACACAUUCCACCACACAACUAAGAUUCUCUGCCUUUUGGAUUUUUUUUCAAAGCAGUACUUUGGGACAUUCCAGAUAAAAGUGCACAGAGUUUCAUAAUCUCCAGUGGAUUUGAUGCUUAAAACAGUACUCUUCGAAACCACCCGAUUAGAAUUUCUGUUCAUUUCUUAUACGCAGUAGCAUCCUUGCUAUUGGGUUCAAAAACUGGUCAAGAUGACAAUGGCAAGCUUGUUCUCAUUUACCAGCCCAGCUGUGAAACGCCUACUGGGCUGGAAACAAGGAGAUGAGGAAGAAAAGUGGGCAGAAAAAGCAGUUGAUGCACUAGUGAAAAAACUUAAGAAGAAAAAGGGAGCUAUGGAAGAGUUGGAGAAGGCACUGAGCAGUCCAGGUCAGCCUAGUAAUUGUGUCACUAUUCCCCGCUCUCUAGAUGGUCGACUUCAGGUAUCGCAUCGUAAAGGUCUGCCACAUGUAAUUUACUGUCGUGUUUGGCGAUGGCCGGAUCUUCAAAGUCAUCAUGAGCUGAAACCACUGGAGUGUUGUGAAUUUCCAUUUGGCUCGAAACAAAAAGAGGUCUGCAUUAAUCCAUACCACUACAAGCGAGUAGAAAGCCCUGAUGCAGCCAGACCUGCUGAGCUUUUCGAACAACUUAUGUUUUUGUUUCAUUUGGUUUUAAUACUUGGGGAAAGGUUGUUUCCACCCCAGGGUUUUAAAGCAAUUCUUCCUCCAGUGCUGGUUCCAAGACACAGUGAAUUUAACCCACAACAUAGUCUACUUGCACAGUUUCGUAAUUUGGGCCAUAAUGAUCCUCCUAUGCCACAAAACGCUGCCUUCCCAGUUUCCUUUCAACAGCCAAACACCCACCCAUUCCCCAGCUCUCCCAACAGAAGUUAUCCCAGCUCCCCAGGAAGUAGUACGUAUCCUCAUUCUCCAGCCAGCUCUGGACCAAGCAGUCCAUUUCAGAUGCCAGCAGAUACACCCCCUCCUGCCUAUAUGCCUCCAGAUGAUCAAAUGACGCAAGAUAGUUCGCAGCCCAUGGAUACGUCAAAUGUUCUUGUACCUACAAUACCACCACAUCUGACCAACAGAGCAGAUGUUCAACCAGUUGCUUAUGAGGAACCAAAACACUGGUGCUCUAUUGUUUAUUAUGAGCUGAAUAACCGUGUGGGAGAAGCUUUCCAGGCCUCCUCCACUAGUGUCUUGGUGGAUGGAUUUACUGAUCCUUCAAACAACAAGAAUCGAUUCUGCCUUGGGCUUCUGUCCAAUGUAAAUCGUAAUUCAACUAUUGAAAACACUAGGAGACACAUUGGCAAAGGUGUUCAUCUUUAUUAUGUUGGAGGAGAGGUGUAUGCUGAAUGCCUGAGUGACAGUAGUAUUUUUGUACAAAGUCGGAACUGCAAUUAUCAUCAUGGCUUCCAUCCAACAACUGUUUGCAAGAUUCCCAGUGGAUGCAGUUUGAAGAUCUUCAACAAUCAGGAGUUUGCCCAGCUUCUGGCCCAGUCGGUAAACCAUGGCUUUGAAGCAGUUUAUGAGCUUACCAAGAUGUGCACCAUACGCAUGAGUUUUGUAAAGGGUUGGGGAGCUGAAUAUCAUCGACAGGAUGUAACAAGUACCCCUUGCUGGAUAGAAAUCCAUCUGCAUGGUCCUCUGCAGUGGCUGGAUAAAGUUCUCACCCAGAUGGGUUCCCCACAUAAUCCUAUCUCUUCUGUGUCGUAACAGUGCUUUAGUGCUGCUUCAUAGUGCUCAUAAAUCCUUGAGUGUUAAAUUUAAGAGUUUGUUAUCUCAUUUGAAGAACAAACAGAAUGGAUACACUCUGGACUGUCGUGAAUGGGAAUUGGAAUAUACUUGAUUCUUUGUGACCAAUUGUUGGAGAAAGAUGAUUAGUCUUUUUUAGUAUACUGCUGUACUUGUGAAAGUGUUCAGUUUACACUGGUAUUCCAUUUCUACCCAGUCUGAAAGAACUUAUAUAAUUAUGGUUUUAGAAUACAGAGAUGAAAGGUGACCAAGCAUAGAUUUGAAUGUUUGCAAAUGCUGUGUUUUAAGUACUAGUUUGUGGUCAAAAUAUAGAUGUGAAGUCAUUUUUCCAAGAGAGCACAAUUGCUGUACAGUUGUAUGCUGAAGUUGAAUAUAUUUUGCACAAAUGAUGACUUAAAAACCUUCUAAACAUUAGAUCACUUGACAUCUGUAGGUAAAAGAAAAUGUGGAAGUGUACAGAAUGAGCCCUGUGUGCAGCUCUGUCUUAACUUCACUGCUGACAUUGUUUUUAUAAUACUGUCAAAUUACAACUCCAUUCUUGGUGGUUUUCUAUAGUUUUAUAUGUAUGUUGAGGUUUAAAAUAUUACUUGUGUCCUCAUUUUCAAUUAGGUAGGGAAUUUCAAUCUGACACUAGAAGGAAGUAGGUAAAAGGGCAAUGUGUUCUCCACAGUGCAUUUGGUAAAUUAGUAUUUUUUAACUAUUACGUUGAAAAUGUACUAUCUUCAGUGUAAGAAGCUACUGUCCUCUUACUUGUAGCUAUACAUCAGAUCUGAAAUAGUUAAUUCAACAUUUUAAAAAACACAUUGCAAGCAAAAUUUGCUGAAAGCAUUUGCUGCACCAGAUGUCCUGCCUGUGUUACUUUGUGCUAAUUUGUCAGCUUAAAAAGAGUUGUUUUGAAAUGAUUUCUAUAAAUCCUGUGAGCAACUGAUUAGUUAGUGGCUACCAACAGGUUGGACAUUUGUAGGUUGGUAGAACUAGAUUCUUGUGCAGUUACUUCCAGCUUGAUUAGUUCCAAUUGGCUGGAAUCUUGCAACACAUUACAAAUUCUAGCUACCUGAGUGGCUAAAUCAGCUUUGUUUAUAUUUUUAUUUGUUUUUGAUAGUGCUAAUUUCUACUGUUAUAUAUGCACUUUUACACAAGACUUUGCCGUUGUGCUGAGGAAUUUGGAGAAACAUUUAUUCCAAAGAUCGUGAGUCUUCAUUCAAAAACAUCAAUCUGUUUUGGCAUGAUGUUUAAAAUACUUUUCUUCUUUGACAUUUUGGUAACAAAUUUUGUGAAUUGCACCACUGCAAAGUCUAUAUAGUAAAAUCUCCCUAAAAAUUUUAUCUUUAGAGACUUUUAAAAAAAUUUGUUCGACUAACCCUGAUUAUAACUCAUUUGAUCCAUUUGUUUAAACAUUUUAUCCAGUUGGAUCUUGUGUUUUCUGUUUACUUUUGGUAUGAGGAUAAAAACCUGAAGAUUUCCUAUUCCAAGGUUAAAGAUUACCACCCUGUGCCCAGGCUUGAUCAAAAUGCUCUUAACUAGACAUAGGACAAUUGAGAGACCAGAGGGGAGGGAAUGCCAAGACUUUCUUUAAAAAAAAGAGGCAGUGAAAUUAGUACAAAUGUCACCAGUGCCUGCAAAACUAGUUCAUUACAAUACCUUCAGAGAUAAUGGGAACUGCAGAUGCUGGAGAAUUCCAACAUAAUAAAAUGUGAGGCUGGAUGAACACAG